GUAUAUAAAGAACCCAAGUGACCAUAAUAUGUUCUUUUUCUAACCAACAGAAAGAACAAAUUUCACUGAAGAUUCCAUACCUAUGACACAUUAGAGAAAUAAACUUUUGAUUUCUCUUUUUCUUUAUUGAGAUAUACAAAGCUAGCAGAUCCCACCCAAAUAAACAAACAGAAUCACUCUCUCUUUUUUAUACUUUCUUUUCAGCUGUAAUUGCCUGGUGGAGAUAGACUCAUAGAGAGAGAGAGCACCAUGCUGAGGGAUUCUGAGGAGGACACGGUGAUGGUUGGAGCUGAUCAUGAAGGCGAUAAGGACGGUGCUAUCGGGUGGAACUCAAGCGAAGAAGAUAAGGGUAAGAGUGAAGAAGGUGGUGACAGAAUUACUAGCGGUGGAAAUCGGUGGCCUCGCCCAGAAACUUUAGCACUCUUGAAGAUACGGUUGGACAUGGAUGGGGUGUUUCGUGACUCAAAUCUUAAAGGUCCACUAUGGGAAGAGGUUUCAAGGAAACUAGCAGAGCUUGGUUAUCACCGGAACGCCAAGAAAUGCAAGGAGAAAUUUGAGAAUGUCUAUAAGUACCACAAAAGAACCAAAGAAGGUCGAACCGGGAAGCCAGAGGGAAAGACCUAUCGGUUUUUUGAUCAAUUACAAGCCCUUGAAAACAAACAUCAACCAUCUAAAGCAAUGGCUUCAAGUGUUUCUAAAACUACUAUUCCAUCCACAGCAAACCCUACAAUCAUAUCCCACAAUGGUGUUUCUAAGAGUACUACUGUUCCAUCAACAACAAACCCUACAAUCAUAUCCCAGAGUGUUGUCCCUCCAAUACCAAACCCUACAAUUCCGCCAUUACAAGCACCAAAACCUGUUGUUCCUAGAAAUCCUUUGCAAAGUACCAUUUCUGGGAUUCUUUUCUCGGGUAAUACUUCGACCUCUUCUUCGACAGCGUCUGAUGAAGAAUUGAAAGGCCGUUGUAAGAAGAGGAGGAAAUGGAAGGACUUUUUCAAGAGUCUUGCGAAGGAGGUGAUAGAGAAGCAAGAGGAGCUACAGCUGAAAUUCUUGGAAGCCAUAGAGAAACAUGAAAAUGAACGAAUAGUUCGAGAAGACUCUUGGAGGAUACAAGAAAUGGCAAGACUCAAUAGAGAGCAUGAAAUGUUGGUCCAAGAACGAUCCACCGCAGCAGCGAAGGACGCAGCGGUAAUUGCAUUCUUGCAGAAGAUAUCAAAUGACAGCAAUACAAAUCUGCAGUCACCAGUGCCCCGGCUAACACUGCCACCACGCUUGCUCUCAUCAGAGACCAAUUCUGAGAUUCAGAAAAUGGAUAUAGUUCGCUUUGAGAAUAAUUCAACACCUUCACCGACACAAACAAGCUCUUCCAGAUGGCCAAAAGCUGAAGUUGAAGCUCUGAUAGGGCUUCGAACAAGUGUUGACCGUAACUAUCAAGAAAAUGGGCCAAAAGGGCCUAUGUGGGAGGACAUUUCAGCUGGAAUGCGUAGGCUUGGAUACAAUCGGAGUGCCAAGAGAUGCAAGGAGAAAUGGGAGAACAUCAACAAGUACUUCAAGAAGGUGAAGGAAAGCAACAAGACAAGGCCCGAGGACUCAAAGACGUGUCCGUACUUCCAAAAGCUUGAUGCACUAUACAAAGAGAAGAAAAAAGUUGAAAGCUCAGCCAAUUCUGGUCAAGAUAUGAAUAACUUAAUGGAGCCAUUGAUGGUCCAGCCAGAGCAGCAGUGGCCUCCACAAGAAGACAAUAAUCAGCAGGAGACAGUGAUGGAAGAUAUUGAAAAUGUGGAACAAAAUGAAGAAGACGAUGAAAAUGAAGCUGUAGAUAGUGAGGAAGAAGAUAAUGAUGGCGGCGGUUUUGAGGUGGUAAUAAACAAACCUACCUUGAUGGAUAAUGGUGAAUGAGACAAGAUAGGGAAGCUUCUUAUAAUAGAGUUACAAAUAGUUUGCGUCAUUGGGUGUAAAAAGAGUGUCCUAAAUGGUACAAAAGCAUGUGAAAGAGCAAAGUUUCUGAGUUCUAUUUUCAAUGAUUAAUCCCCCGGACCCCAAAAGAAAAGGGAAAAUUGUUGUUUCA